AAAAGUUUGUCGUGAGCCUUACUAUAAUCUCGCCUUUUGCUCGAAGAGCCAGAGACCCUCCUCUCUCCAUCUCUCUCUCUUAAAACUCUGAUAACUCUCUCUUUCUCUCUCUUAAAACUCGGAUAAGCCCUGGGCUCAUGGCCUCAUCUCUGAGAACUCAUUCUCUCUGUUUUUGUCAUUCUCUGUCUUUAUCCUCUCAAAAACACCCGGCCUUUAUCUCGUGCAAAGCCCACGGUACCCAUUCACUGGUUCCUUCUCUCUCUACAAUCUUAUUCCGGAGACAUAAUAGGAAGUACCCAUUUGCUUUUUCUUUCUCUACAAUCACUGCCUUCAAUGAAUGUGGGAGAGAUUAUCGUUUUCCGACGCUUGUAGCAUUUUCUUCAUCAGGGGAAGUUACAGAGACUGAGGAGCUUGAAGGGGCUCAGACCCUGCAGGAAACAACAGAAGAUGAAGCCCCAGUGGAAGCUGAAACUGUUAAACCCGAUUCCAUUGAUGGGGAGGAAUUGCCUGUAUCAGCUGUAAAGGCAUCACUCGAGUCCUAUAGAGAAGCUCUAGCAAAUAAUGAUGAGUCCACAUUGGUGGAGAUAGAAAAAUUUCUUCAAUCCAUUGAAGUUGAGAAGAAUUCUCUCUCAAACAAAGUGGCAGCUUUGUCUGAAGAACUAUCUUCUGAGAGAGACCGGGUUCUUAGGAUCAGUGCAGACUUUGAUAAUUUCAGGAAGCGAACAGAGAGAGAACGUCUCUCUCUAGUUUCCAAUGCCCAAGGGGAAGUGAUAGAGAACCUUUUGCCUAUAUUGGAUAACUUUGAGAGAGCCAAGGCUCAAAUUAAGGUGGAGACGGAGGGAGAAGAGAAGAUAAAUAAUAGCUAUCAAAGCAUAUAUAAACAGUUCGUUGAGAUUAUGGUGUCGUUGGGUGUUGUUGGCGUGGAUACAGUUGGAAAUCCGUUUGACCCAUUGCUACAUGAGGCUAUCAUGCGUGAGGACUCAACAGAGUUCGAAGAAAGCAUCAUACUCCAAGAAUUUCGGAAAGGGUUCAAGCUAGGAGACAGGCUUCUGAGGCCAUCCAUGGUCAAGGUAUCAGCAGGCCCAGGCCCUGCAAAACCAACAGACGAGGUGGACUCUUCAGCUUCAAAAGAACCAGCAGAGGAGGUUGACUCUUCUGCUUCAAAAGAAGAGACUGAAGAAGAACCAGCAAGCGAAUAGAGCCAUAGCGAAGAACCUACAUGGAGCUCUUGAUUUCUCUCUCUUCACUCUCAAUUUUGUAAAACCAGUGGGGGCAUGUAAUUCAGGGGAAAUGUUGGUCUAAGUGUGGAGUUGUUAGGGCCUUGUAACUGUGACAAACUGAAUUUACUCCCGCUGUUUUUUUCUCUUUUCUAUUUUAAGGUUUUUCUCUUUCUUAUUGUUGAGGUUUUGUAUGGCUUACUAACUCUUGAUUUUCCUUGUUUCUGCUUAGCCUUGUGUAAUAUUUGUGGGUUGCUUUUGUGGCAUA